AUGUCCUCACAGAAAAUUGAUCUAUCCCAAUUGAAUCCCGAACAACUUAAUGCUGUCAAACAACAGUUUGAUCAGGAAUUGCAGCAUUUUUCUCAGUCACUACAGGCUUUAGUAGUCGCCAAGAAUAAGUUCAUAGAAUGCAUAGCUGAUGUCAAGUCUAUAUCCAAGCCAGAAAACAACGAACAACCACUUCUGAUUCCUGCGUCUGCUUCAUUGUACAUUUCUGGUACAAUCAAAGAUAACUCCAAAUUUAUGGUAGAUAUAGGUACAGGCUAUUACGUAGAGAAAAAUGCAGAAGAAGCUGUUGCAUUCUACCAGAAGAAGGUGGACAAGCUCAACCAGGAAUCCAUCCAGAUCCAAAAUAUUAUCAAAGAGAAAUCACAAUCAUCCAUGGCAAUCGAGAAUCAAAUAAGACAAACUGCCAUCAAGCUGCACCAUGACCGUGCAACCCAAGCUUCAACCCAGGCUUAG